UUACCAAAGCAAAAAUUUAUCGAAAAUUGCAAAAAUGUUUUUUUUUUUCUGACAGUAACUAUCGUAGCAGCCGAGGAGCUACCAGCGAUGGAUCUCAGCGGAACAUCCGAUCCUUACGUAAAGUUAUUCCUUUUACCCGACAAGAAAAAGAAGUAUCAAACUAAAGUUCAGAAAAAAUCGCUCAAUCCUGUUUUCAAUGAAAACUUCAUAUUUAAGGUGCCAUUUAAUGAAAUUAGCGGUCAAACGUUGGUAAUGAAUGUUUUUGAUUUUGAUCGAUUCGGCAAGCAUGAUCAGAUUGGUCAAAUCUCAAUACCUCUGGGAAAAGUUGACUUGGCUACUACUAUUGAAAGAUGUGAUCUAAUCAAGUCUCCACCGGAGAAUAGACUAGGUGAAGUGUGCCUAGCAUUACGUUAUGUCCCCAAUAAAAAUAAGCUGACAGUGGUUGUGAUGGAAUGCAAAAAUUUAAAGAAGAUGGAUGUUCUCGGUUUAUCAGAUCCAUACGUCAAAAUUUAUUUAAUGUCUCAAAGUAAACGGCUGGAGAAGAAAAAAACCACAAUUAAGAUGAAAACACUUAAUCCAUAUUACAACGAAUCAUUUAGUUUUGAUGUUAAUCCCGAGAAAAUGCAGCGUGUGCAUUUAGAAGUAACGGUUUCCGAUUACGAUCGGGUCGGGUCAAAUGAACGAAUAGGUCACGUGAUUAUAGGCAGCAAUGCGAAUGGAGUUGCACUGAAACAGUGGCAAGAUAUGCUCGCAACACCUCGUCGAUCAGUGGCACAGUGGCAUACCCUUAUAGCAAAUAUUUUAGAAGAAAGCAAAUAUUGGCUGAACUAUAGUACUCCUUGUAUCAAUGAUAGAAUUUAUUUCGAUUCUAAACAAAUCUCCACGGCUAUGAUUUCUAAAGGAUUGCAAGCAAGUCAAAUUGAUUUACCUGAAAAUGGUAUUGUAUUUUUUGCUGAUAACAUGGAAUUAGGCAAGGCAGAUAAGUGGCAGUGCGCAGAAAGUAAUAUUGAAGCUAACAAAGAAAGUCCACUGAUGGCUUAUCAUAAUGGAUCCAACUGGGUAAUAUCAAGGGAUGGAGCUGAAUGGCAGUCAGCACUGCACGCCCUUCAAGUGCCAUCAUCUGAGGCAUAA